CAGCUCAGCAAGACUACCUGCACAAAUGCGCAGCAGAGGUGCUUCAGGCUGCCCAGUGUCAAUGACUCAGGCCUGUCCGGUGAGCUUCUCGGUGAGCCACCCAAGCUCCUAGCGCGCGGCUACGGCCCGAGACUCGCUUAAUCGCAUAACAAACCCGCCCUCAUCUUCAAGUGGCGGCGUUCCGGAACUCUAACCCCCUGGCAACGCGCAAAGCCCAAGGCUCAUCUCGCACCCCGCACCACACCAGCUAGCCCAGGAGCAUUACCUAACGUGACAGCUUGGCCCCACGACGACGGACUCGAGGAAAGGAGAGCACGACACCGACAGCAACAUCGGCGACAGCAACAGCACCAGACAGAGCCUUGUUGCUGAGCCCACCUGUGGCAGCAGUUCGACUGUGACAUACAUCAAGCCGUUGCUCCAACUAUAGGCCUCGCAGACGCCUUCGCCAAACAGCCACGCCGCGCCCGCCAAAUACCCCUCCACUCCAUCAUCACCACCAUGUCCCUGCAGGUGCCCAUGGCGCACCGCUCGAAGGAGCAGGGCGCGACCAAGGCCGUCAUUCUAGUAAGCUCCCGUCAGCCGCAGGAUCUGGGCUUCAACAAAUCUGGCGCGCUUCGCCCAAUGCGUUGAGCGAACACAUGACGACCUCCAAUCGCCUUAGGACCGCUAGGCCGAGUGGUGACAUCGUCAACUUCGUGAGAGCGUAACCGCUAAUGACUCGUCUACCGCAGGUCGGUGGCCCUUCACGCGGCACCCGCUUUCGUCCUCUCUCGCUCGACCUCCCCAAGCCGUUGUUCGAAGUGGCCGGCCACCCCAUCAUCUGGCACUGCCUGUCGUCCGUCGCCCGCGUUCCCGUUAUCCAGGAGGUGUACAUAAUCGGCUACUACGACGAGUCCGUCUUCCGCGACUUCAUCAAGGACUCGGCCAAGGAGUUUCCCUCCAUUACCAUUCGCUACCUGCGCGAGUACCAGGCCCUAGGCACCGCCGGCGGCCUCUAUCACUUCCGCGAUGCCAUUCUCAAAGGCCGGCCCGACCGGCUCUUUGUCCUUAACGCCGACGUCUGCUGCUCCUUUCCCCUCGCCGAGAUGCUAAAGCUCUCCGUUGAGCGCGACGCCGAGGCCGUCAUCCUUGGCACCCGUGUGAGCGACGACGCCGCUUCCAACUUCGGCUGCAUCGUCUCCGACGCACAUACCCGCCGCGUCCUACACUACGUAGAGAAGCCCGAGUCUCAUAUCAGCAACCUCAUCAACUGCGGCGUCUACCUCUUUUCCACCGAGGCCAUCUUCCCCUCCAUCCGCUCCGCUAUCAAGCGCCGCCUCGACCGCCCCGCCCGCCUCCUGUCGUACCCAUCAUCCGACAACCUCGAGACGUACAAUAUGCCCGCUGCGGGAGCCACCAAUGACGAUGAGGAAGAGGAGCGCAAGAACGAGGUCAUUCGGCUUGAGCAGGAUACCCUCGGCGACAUGGCCGACAGCAAGCAGUUCUACGUCUACGAGACCAAGGACUUUUGGCGCCAGAUCAAGACGGCUGGGUCCGCCGUGCCCGCCAACGCGUUGUACCUGCAACAGGCGUGGCAGUCGGAGAGCGACGAGCUCGCCAAGCCGAGCGCCAACAUCGUCCCUCCCGUCUUCAUCCACCCUACGGCGCAGGUUCACCCAACGGCCAAGCUAGGCCCCAACGUCAGCAUCGGCCCGCGCGUCACCGUCGGCGCCGGCGCGCGCAUCAAGGAGAGCAUCGUGCUCGAGGACUCGGAUAUCAAGCACGACGCCUGCGUACUCUACUCAAUUAUCGGAUGGGGUAGCCGCGUUGGCGCAUGGGCCCGCGUCGAGGGUACCCCCACGCCCGUCAACAGCCACUCGACGAGCAUCAUCAAGAACGGCGUCAAGGUCCAGAGCAUCACCAUUCUCGGCAAGGACUGCGGCGUUGGCGACGAGGUCCGCGUCCAGAACUGCGUCUGCCUGCCCUACAAGGAGUUGAAGCGGGAUGUUGCCAACGAGGUCAUCAUGUGAAAGUACUGCCACUUUGUCCUGACCAUCUCGGUAAACCAAUGUCGCUACCUAGAUUGCAAGUACCUACCCAGGUGAGGUAUUGGAAGGCAUCUUUUUCUGCUAUGUAAAUCUCGGUAGUAUGGCAUUUCCUCUACCUAAGUUAAGCUACUAGAAAGGUGAUGGGGAUACAAGUCAUGUUUUGGCAAAAAAUAGUCUAAUGAGAAGAAGAAUAAAACUGGGUUCCAUCUACG